UAAGGCCCAAAAGGUUUGAAGCUCCUAAACCCUAGAUACAUACUCUGAGCCUGAGUUUCUUAUUUCCGUACUGUUCAGUUCUUGACGAAAAGCACGGGAGCCGCCGUUUCCUGAGGCAUCUCUUCUCUUCUGUGUUGCGACUAUGGUUAGGGUUAGUGUGUUGAAUGAUGCUCUCAAGAGCAUGUACAAUGCUGAGAAAAGAGGGAAGCGUCAAGUUAUGAUUAGGCCAUCCUCCAAAGUCAUUAUCAAAUUCCUUUUGGUGAUGCAAAAGCAUGGAUACAUUGGAGAGUUUGAAUAUGUCGAUGACCACAGGGCUGGUAAAAUCGUGGUUGAAUUGAAUGGCAGAUUGAACAAGUGUGGGGUUAUUAGUCCGCGUUUUGAUGUGGGUGUCAAAGAGAUUGAAGGUUGGACUGCUAGGCUUCUUCCCUCAAGACAGUUUGGGUAUAUUGUAUUGACUACCUCGGCUGGCAUCAUGGAUCAUGAGGAGGCUAGGAGAAAGAAUGUCGGUGGUAAGGUCUUGGGCUUCUUCUACUAGUUUAUUUUUAUUGAGGAUGAAAGUGAUUUUAAUUUUGAGAUUUGUCGUUGUAAUUGGAAAUAUGCUAGCGUCCAGUAAUAUCAAGCAUAAUAAGAGCUGUUUUAUGGUUCUUUAUUUUGUUUGCAAAAUCAAGUUGGUAACUAUUACUUUCCCAUUCAUUUCUUUAUCAUUAUUCAUUAUUCAAAAUGUACUGCACAAGUUAUUUUAAUCGAUAAGAACUUUGAUUA